AUGGAGAGUGGGGCUGACCGAAUCAGUGACCUCCCGGAGGACGUCCUCCACCACAUCCUCUCGCUCCUGCCGGCGCGGGACGCCGUGCGCACGUGCGUUCUCGCCCAGAGCUGGCGCAACCGCUGGCGGUCCGCGCCCGCCCUUCGCUUCGCCUCCUCCACCCGCUUGGUCGGCGGCGCCGACGCGUUCCGCCACUUUGUCGACGGCCUGCUGCGCGUCCGCGACGGGGGCCCGCUCCUGGACUCCUGCGACUUCGAUCUGGAUGUGGAUCAGGACUCCUGCGACUUCGAUCUGGAUCUGCAAGGCAACAGGUGGAUCCGCCGCGUGCUGGAGCUGAAGGUCCGGGAGCUCCGGUUCCGAGUCUCCCCCCACUAUCCCUUCAAGCUGGAGUAUACGCCCCUCUCCUCCCAGCACCUCACGAGUUUGGAGCUCACGGGUGUCCAGGACAAUGACGCUGUUCUUGAUUUCUAUGAAUGCACGGCGCUGGAGAGUCUCAAGAUGGAGCGGUCCCACGUUAGGUCGACGGAAAUGCAGUCCCCCUCCCUGAAGCAUCUGAGUAUCAAAUCCUGCUUCUUUGACGAUAUCCGCACUUGGAUGUCAUUCCCCAGCCUCGUCUCCUUCGAGUUCAUUAAUAAUUUCGCAAGGGCUCCAAUGCUUGAAACAAUGCCGUGCCUGGAAGCUGCAAAAGUUCGAUUAGAUCAUGGUUAUGAUGUUCGAUGUAAAAAUGGUCGAUUGGAUGGUUGUGGAGAUGUUGCCUGUAGGGGUUGUUUUUAUUACGAAGAAGGCAGCGUGUGUCUUGAUGGCUUGGCUGAAGCUACAUACUUGGAUUUGUCAGCUCAUCUUGAUAUGAUUGUUUUCUACAGGGAUUUGAAAUGGUGCCCUGCAUUUAACAAGUUAAAGACCUUGGUGCUUAGCAAAUGGUUUCUGUCUACUGACCUCAGUGCACUGAUUUGGUUCCUCCACCACACCCCUCUUCUGGAGAAGCUUACUCUUGAAAUUCCAAAGGAACACAAGUCCUUAAUGGAAACAGAGGGAAGUUACAAUGCAUUGGAAAAAUCGAUUGCAUCUAGCCAUCUUCAGAUUGUUGAAAUCAUAUGCAAAGAUGUUGAUGGGAUAGUUAUGAUUUUGUGUGUACUAAUAUUAACUCCAUGUAGAAGUGAGAAGUACCAGGCUGUUGAUGACCCUAGUAGAUUAUUAAAGCAAUCAGAUAUAAAGACUGCCAACAUGGUGUACAAUAGUGUCAUUUUGUCCGUUUUUCCCUACAGUGGUCACAAAGCCAUUGUAACCGGUCAGAUAGACCUCUUCACUGCUCUGCUUUCAUGA